AUGAAUAAUACAUCAUCAGAAAAUGCCCAGUCGGAUUUAAAAAUAAUCAUAGUUAAAGAAUUAUUAAAACUUUUACGUUAUCUUAUUAUUAAAUGUCAUUUAUCAUCAUAUACAGUGGAUUUAUUACAACAAAUAUGGGAUUCAUUAAUGAAGCCAACAUUUCAACCACAAUUUACCGUGAUGGUGGUGCCUAAAGAGAUUUUAUUAAAAUUUCAACAUCAAAUUGUUUUACCACAAGAUUGUGAUUUAUGCUUUAAAUGGUUUACAUUAUUAUUAUUAUUUUUUAAUGAUUCAAUUUGGUUUAAAUGUCGUGAUUUUAUUUGGGAUAAUUAUUCUGCAUUAAAUCCGAAAUUAAUUACAAAUACUGCUGGUGUAGAAUUUGUUGUUCAAUUAUUUUAUCGUAUUAAUUCAGAUAGCACAUGUAUCAUCAGUGAAUUCAAUCCCAUGCAUAAUACAAUUAACUUGAUAUCAAUGACAUCAGCAUCUUCCACGUCAGUAUCAUCUAAACUUGUAAAUACAACGAAUACUCCUGUCCCGAAUAUAACAGAUAUGACAACAACUACUGGGAUGAAUCAAACAGCUUUAACUACUACCACUACCACUACACAUACUACUACUAAUAAUGGUGAUAUAAGUAUUAAAUUAAUUAAUUUAAAACAAUUGUGGAAUUUUAUUUUAUAUUCAAAGAAAUCAGUUUAUUAUAAAUUAUGCAAAUUAUUAUUACAAUUAUAUAUGAAUUACUACUGGAAUAAUAAUAAUAAUAGUAGUAAUUUGAAUCAACGUAAAAAAUUAUGCUAUGAUCUUGUGAAAUUAUGUUAUACACAUAUUAAAAUUGCAUUAAAUGAGUUGAUUUCUUCUAUUAAAAAACAAACGAAUUGCACUGGAACAAUCUCAUCACCGUUAUCGUCACCUACUAAUAAUUCCUUAUCAUGUGAUCCAAAAAUCCAGUCAACUACAUUCAAACGUAUAUUACGUGUUUUGAAAUUAUUAAAACGAUUUACCAUUAGUAUGAAUUUAGAAAUGUUCCUUACAAAUACACAUGUGGCUGAUGCUGAUUGUAUUCCAUUGAAACGUUCAUGGAUUGGUUCAUCAUUUCUCAUCAAAGUCACAUGUCAUGGUUUACCAUCAUUAUUGCAUACAACUAAUCACAAUGAUAAUCAUAAUAAUAUGAAUUACACGGAUCAUGAUUUAAUUUAUAAUUAUAAACAAAUUUAUUUAACUAAUGACAAAUGCGUAGUAACACUCAAUUUAAUUGUACAUGGUAAUGUCACUUUUGGUGAAUUACGUGCGUAUCUUUUAAAUUUUUGUCUACAUGGUUUUACACAAACAACAACAAACAUCAAUACAACUGUUGAUCAUAAUAGUAGUAGUAAACGCAUCAGUGAUACACUUGAUAUGAAUGCUAGUCAAAUGAUUGGCAGUAAUAAUAACAGUAGUCGAAGUAGUAGUAGUAGUACUACUAGUAGUAGUAGUAGUAGUAGUGGUAUACAAUGUCAAGAAAGUAAUCCUCUUUCUUGUUCACUCAUCAACACCAACACCAAUUCAAUGUAUCAAUUAGAAUUACGCAUCAUAAUCUGUAAUACAGAGCAACAAACAAAUUCAAAUGAUGAUUUUUUAAUACAACAGAAUAUUGAUCAUGAAUUAUUGGUGAAUUUAUUUCUAUUCUAUGCACCUCAUUGGACAAAUAAGAAUUUCACGGAAAUUGAUGUUGCUGCUGCUGAUGAUGAUUGGAUGCAUAAAAAUGUUUCAUGUGUACCUUUACAAUUGUCUGCUAAAUUAACACUUAACAAUCAUGAAUUAUCAACAUCCACAAUGGAAUCAUCAUUCAAUACAACUCCCGCCUCACUGCCGCCAAUCUCUUCUUUUUAUCAUAAACUAUUUGAUACAAUUGAACAACCUAUACCGGAUACUGAUAAUGAUAAUAUUAUUGCUCCGGGAUAUCUUCAUACUGCUACUACUGUUACUGCUACUACCAAUAAUAAUAAUAAUAAUAAUAAUAAUAAUAAUAAUCAGUUAGUUGGAGAUGAAGAAGAUCAUUGCCUACCAUCGGAUCUAACAACUAUAUUCGAUUCGAUCAUUGAUCGAAAUUUGAAAGAAGAACAACUUACCAAUAAUAAUGAUAAUUGUAACAGUUUAUUCACAGAAACUAAAUCUAAAUUGAAUAAUUCUAAUCCAUUGAAUUGUUGUACUCAACAGUUGGAUGAUGAACUUGAAAGUGAAUUCAUCAUGAAUACAGAUCAACGUAUUGAAUUCUUAUUGAAUUUAAGUAGAAUCGCUUUAGCGUUAAAUCAUUCCAAUGUAUAUCAUUGUAUUAUACAAUUAUUAAAUUGUAUGCCAUUACAUAGAAAAUGCAUUAAAUUUAUUCGAAAGAAUUUAUUCGAAUUAUUAAUUGAAAAGAAGAAGAAAAUCAAUGAAAAUUCGCAUGAAUUAUCGACAGAACCUCUUUUAUCACAAACAUGGUUUCAUCAUCUAUUGACAAAACCAAAUGUAUGCAUUGGAGUAUUUAACAAUUUAUUCAAUGAUCAACAUAUUGAUUUGGCCAAUACACCAAAUUAUAUUGAAUUAUUGUAUAUACUUCAAGUAUUAUAUUGUUUAUUGAUGCCUAGUUGUAAAGUGAAACAUUAUCAUUUGAAUAAAUUGCCUGUUACGCAUAGUCCAUUUCAUAAUUCAUGUACUCAUAGUAAUGCUACUACUACUAACACUGGUAAUAUUAGUAGUAUCAGUGAUGAUAACACAAAUUAUUUAUUUAAUCAAAUUCCAGAUUGGUCAGAUGCUGUCACUAUCACUUUACUUCUACUUCGUGGUGGUGCUUUAAACCUACUACUUUCAUCUCCACUAUUAGUAUCCUCUUUCCCUCCUAUAUCCAAUCGUGAAACUGCUAACUGUGAUAAGGAUGAUGGCAAAUCACCUCAAUCUCAUGAUCACAAUAACAAUGUCAAUGCUGAACAGGCAAUCUAUUAUGAUACAACAAUUCAUUGGAAAUUACUUUAUCAAAUACGUUUAUGGUUGUUAAGAUUGAUUCGUCUGCUAUUGAUUAGUACAGCAAAUACACUAGUGUUGUAUAAAUUAGACACAAAAUCAGAUUAUCUGUGUAAUAUAUUUAAAAAAUCCAUAUUUUAUCAACAAUUAUUCACUUCAACGUCAACAAUCAAUGAGAAAAAUGUUAAUUGUCCCAAUCAGAAUAUAUCUUCAAUGAUUAGUCGUUUACCAGAAAUGCCACUGACUACUACUACGACUACACAAACCACUGGUGCUGAGGGUGACCACAGUGAUAUAAAUAGUAAAGAAGGAGAAGAGGAGGAGCACUUGAAUAUUGAAUAUAUUUGUAAAUUAUUACUGCAUACAUAUCGAUUAGCGACAAGUACAAAUCAUCCUCUAUUAAGUGGCGAUUACUAUGUACUAUUACACGCUGUACAUGUUGCCCAAUUAGCGAUGGCAUCGAAUAUACCAUUAACUGAAGUGACAAAUUACUGGCUUAAACAAAAUAAUCUAAAUUGUAAUUUUAAUAAUCUUUGUUUAACUGGAUGGCAAACAAGAUAUGGUUGUGAAAAUUUAAUGGAAUAUUUGAAAGAUUUCAAUAUGAAACCGGAUCGUAUUAGUAAAUUGUUUUAUGCAUGUCAAGAAAUCAAUGAUCAAUAUAAGAAAAAUUUUUCAUUAAAAGAUGAAUUAGUUUCAAUAAAAAAAUUCAACAAAUCGUUUGAAUCCUUAUCUAUAGAAAAUCAAAUACAGCAACCUAUUCAUGACAAUGCCAGUCAAAUAAUAGUUAAGCCUAAUUUACCUAGUACAAUUCGUUUAUCUGCAUCAACAUUAUCGCUAAUAUCAUGUGAAUCAGUGCUGCCAUCAUCAUCUUCAUCAACAUCAUCUCCUUCUGCUUCCUCUUCUCCUUUAUCGUCAACAUUAUCUUCCAUCAGUCAAUUACAUUCAUUAUCACCAUCCUCAUCGUCGUCGUCUUCAUCGUCAUCGAACUCGUCAUCUAACAACAACAAUGAGAAUGGCUACGUGUGUGGCGUCGACGAAGUUGGCCGUGGUAGCAAUAAGAUUCAUAAUAAUAGUCUUAGUAGUACUAAUAGUAGUAUUAGUAGUCGUCGUCAUAAUAGUCGCAAUAAUCAUCACAAUCAUCAUGAUAAUGUCAAUAAUGAUUCCCAUGAACCGAACAAAUCAAUCAUUUAUCCCAACUUUCAUAAACAAUGCUUUAAUGCUUUACAAACUGGUGAAACUCACGGUUCCGUAAUCAUGGAAGCAUUACAUUGUGUAAUAUGGUAUCCAUGUUUCUUCUAUACAUCAUCACACAUUGACAUUGUUACAUUUUUAAAGUAUCCUUUAUCUAAUAAUAAUAAUAUGUUAAUUAAUUUAUCACAGAAUCAUUCUCCUCAUUCAGUGAUGAAGCAUCAUGACAGUAGGACUCGUACUAGUAGUAAUCAUCCUCAUCAGUUGUACACUCAUAAUUAUCGAUUAACUGGUACAGAUUUUUUGCAAGAUUUAUUAUUUUCUCCUCAUUCAUUAAUGAUACGCCUGUUGACAAGAUAUUCUAUGCAUGCAUUGUUGACUAAAUUGAAUACAACGAAUAAACAAUGCGAUACGGUUGUUUAUGAUGUAUUAAAACAAAUGUUCCAUUGGUUAUUGGAUUACGUCCCAUUGAAAAUUACACAAUCUGAUGAAUAUUUUAAUUGGCUUGUUAAAUUAAUCCCAUUGAUGUGUAAUCAUGAACAAUUUUUACAAAGUGCUUAUCAAUGGCUUACAGAUGAAAUUGUUUGGCUUCGAUUAAUGAUAACGAAUCGUCAAUUCGGACCUAGUGAAACAUUGAUUUCUUAUCCUUUCACUAAUAUCAAUCUACCGAUUUUCCAUGAUGCUACCACCACCAGCACAAAUACACAGCUUCAAUCAACUACCAUGAUACAACAAUUUAAUGCCAUGUCUAUUGAAGAGAAAGAUUUAUUGAUUUGUGGACAUUUACGAAUAUGCCAAGCGUUGUACCAAUGUUUUUUACAUUCCAAUCAUCAUCAUCAUUCAUUCGGUUUACUACAAACAGUCAUGACGAAUGAUGAACAGACUAACAGCACCACUACUGGUGUUGUUGCUGAUGAUGAUGCUGAUGAACAGGUGUUGUUGUUGCAUGAAAUGAAACAGAUAUUAGUUAAAGAAUAUGAUUUAUUACAGAAUAUUGUAAUCAGCAGUGUUGAUGUUGUAACUGGUGAUGAUGAUCACAAUCAUGAUUCAUCAAAACUUUAUUCAAUGCAUCAAUUGUAUUUAGUGAAAGAUAUACUUGAAUUACUAUUAUUUCCUGCUUCAAAGCAAUAUAAUGAAAUACGCAAAUCUACAAUCUAUUCACAAAUGAAUAAUCAACCUAAGACGUUGAAUUAUGAUCGUGACAACAAUAACAAUGACAUUACUAAUUCUAAUCUUUGUUCAACACCAGCGACAUUUUCAAAUUUAUCAUGUUCCAGAAAAUUAAUGAUGUGUACUUUUGAUUUUCUUUUAUCGAUAAGUAUUUCUAAUGCAUUAAUUAGUCAAUUGUUAACAUCUAUGUUGUAUGAUUUGGUUUUUUCUGCUAAUGCAAGACCUUUAAAUUUCAAUUGGAAUUAUCAUUUUGGUUAUAAUCAUAUUACAAAUUCAAUGUUAUCGACAACCAAUGCAAUAACAACAGCAACAACCACUACAACCACGCCGUCCUCAUUCAUAUUCCCGAAUUCUACUAUUGGUAGUAAUAAUAAUAAGCAUCAAUGGAUGAUUCAUCAUAAUGUUGACUAUGAUAAUCAUAAUAAUAAUAAUAGUAAUAGUAAUAACAAUAAUAAUAUUCAUCAUGAUUAUGACAGUGAUAUUAAUCAAGCACCACAUUUUGUUGGUUUAAAAAAUGGUGGAGCUACAUGUUAUAUGAAUUCAAUUAUACAACAAUUGUUUACAUUGGAACCAAUACGUGAUUGUAUACUAAGUGCUAAUCCAGAAAUUGUCUUAGCUAACUGUAGUAAUGUUGGAGGAGGAGGAGGAGAUAAACAGAUGAAUACUUUCACUGCACCGAAAACAGAAACAAACUCAAACGAUAAUCAUUUCAUUGAUAAUGCACGUGAGCAGACAUUGAAUAAUGAAUCGAACAAGGAUGAUAACACUAAAACAUGUGAAAAAGCAGAAUUGAAACCUUUAAGUAAAGAGAAAAUUCAUCAUCUUAAUGUACUAUAUCAUAUGCAGACUAUAUUUGGACAUUUAGCUUAUAGUCGUGUAAAAUAUUAUGCACCAGUGGAAUUUUGGCGUCAUUUCAAAUUUCGUGCAGAAGCUGUCCAUGUCCGAGAACAACACGAUGCAUUGGAAUUCUUUCAAAUACUCGGUAAUGAUUUAGAUGAAGCUUUGGAAUUAUGCAAAUUGCCUAAAAUUAUUGAAGUUAUAUUAGGUGGUAAAUUUGCUGAUCAAAAAAUUUGCUUAGAUUGUCCACAUCGAAUUUCAAUGAAUCAAACUAAAUAUUUAUUUGAUUGUUUCAAGCGAAGUUGGAAUAAAGCAACCAAACAUCAACGUGAACGUCUCAUUGAUUUAAUCACAAUGUUAGCUGAACAAGACACCGAUGGUAUGAUGAUGCAAAAAACAUUAGAUCUUCUAUGGGAUUGGGCUGUUCAUUUGAAAUUUCCAUCGGAUUUAAUGAAUUCUGCAUUGAAAGCACAUACAAAAAUUCUUUCUUGUCAUCAUAAUAAUAAACCAUUUGUAUGUCAACUUCAAAGUGUUUGGCUUGGUAAACUAGCGAAUUUUUUACAAAUUGGACCAAAUAAAAAUGAACCGUGUUUAUUGCUGCUACCAGCUGCAAAACAAUUCAUUGAAAUCGCCAAUCUAUACAAUACGAAUUCAUCAAAUGAAAAUAAUUUAAUUCAAAGUAUCAACGAACAAUAUGAUGUGUUAAAAUCCACUGUUAAUUGUAUUAUUCAAACAAUGUGGUCAGUACAUGAAGAACGUUUCAAUAGUCUAAUGAAAAAGAGAGAGAGAGGUACACAGUCAAUUAUAUUAUUCGUUACAAUAAGAAUUGUUAAUAUGAAUAAGCUUUUAUAUCAAUUGUGA